GUCGGUGGUUCCUUUUUCUGGCUGUUGCAGAGCCUGGGUGAAAACCUGAGUGAGGUGGGAGCCUAGAGAUGACGAGUCUCCCCCCACCCCCACCCCAACACGAUUAAUUUUCCACUUGCAGUGACCUGCCGUCCAGGGUGAUUUAUCAGCUGUUGGGCGUUUGUCACUAAAACAAAACAAGCCGUGGAAUGUGCUGCUCUGUGCCCAUGAGAUGGCUGGAGAAGGUUCGCGGGUGGGGAGAAUAAUGAUCUUCAGUUUCUGACCUGCUGGCAGGGCGGCGGGAUUUAUCAGGAGGCGCAUGUGACUGGUUAAGACACAGAGCCCCAGCCUGGAGGAAACAGCUGCUCACAGCGUGCUCGGCCCUUGGCAGCAGGACAGGCGGGCGCUGAUGUGAGGAACACCGCACAAAACCACCCCAGUUCUUCAAAGCACUUACAAUUCAAGUUGAACAAACCAGUUCUACAGUCUGUUCCCUCAAUGCAUUUUCCAAUGAUGAUAAAUGCCCUUAAAAUUCUUUUGGACCUGGAAACCUAUGUGUGUGAAAACGAUAGAAUUUUCUUAAAGUACAACUAAGAACAGAGGCCACCAGUAGGCACUAACAUCACCAACUUGCAUGAUUAUGGAGAUGGCCUAUCUGAUGCUGAACAUGUUUCUAUUCUUUUGACAACGGCUAAAUAACCAUGGGGUCAAGCGGCCUUGGGAAAGCAGCAACAUUAGAUGAACUGCUGAGCACUUGCAUUGAGAUGUUUGAUGACAAUGGAGAGCUGAAUAAUAGUUAUUGGCCAAGAAUAGUUCUACUGAUGCACCGAUGGUAUUUAUCUUCAACUGAAUUGGCAGAAAAACUUCUCUGCAUGUAUCGAAAUGCCAGUGGAGAAAACUGCGAUGAAUUUCGAUUAAAGAUCUGCUACUUCAUGAGGUACUGGAUUCUGAAGUUUCCUGCAGAGUUUAAUCUGGAUCUUGGCUUGAUUCGUAUGACUGAGGAAUUCCGGGAAGUAGCUAGUCAACUAGGAUAUGAAAAACACAUCAGCCUCAUUGACAUAUCCAGCAUUCCUUCCUACGACUGGAUGAGAAGAGUCACACAGAGGAAAAAAGUAUCCAAGAAGGGAAAAGCUUGUCUGCUGUUUGACCAUCUGGAGCCCAUUGAAUUGGCUGAGCACCUUACUUUUCUGGAGCAUAAAUCUUUCAGAAGGAUCUCAUUCACUGAUUACCAAAGCUAUGUCAUCCACGGUUGCCUGGAGAAUAACCCAACCUUGGAGAGAUCUAUUGCUUUAUUUAAUGGAAUCUCUAAGUGGGUCCAGUUGAUGGUUCUUAGCAAACCAACCCCCCAGCAAAGGGCAGAAGUCAUCACAAAGUUUAUCAAUGUUGCAAAGAAGCUCCUUCAGCUCAAAAAUUUUAACACCUUGAUGGCUGUGGUGGGAGGCCUUAGUCACAGUUCCAUUUCACGCCUCAAAGAGACCCAUUCUCAUCUUUCUUCAGAAGUUACAAAGAACUGGAAUGAAAUGACAGAGUUGGUCUCCUCCAACGGCAAUUACUGUAAUUACCGCAAGGCCUUUGCCGACUGCGAUGGCUUCAAAAUCCCCAUCCUUGGAGUACACUUGAAAGACUUGAUAGCAGUCCAUGUCAUUUUCCCAGACUGGACAGAGGAGAACAAAGUGAACAUUGUGAAAAUGCACCAGCUCUCCGUUACCCUGAGUGAACUGGUCUCCCUGCAGAGUGCCUCUCACCACUUAGAACCCAACAUGGAUUUGAUCAACCUGCUCACC